CCCAAACCCCCCACACACACGUUCCUUGUUUAACGCUCAGGAGCCGCCGCUAAUUGCGUGUGUGAAAAUGUAAAAGUUGUUCCAGUGUGAUACUUUCCUCACAUAAUAUGGAACGGCUGCUCGCUGCUCCCCCAGUGGAAGCUGCAGAACAUGGCUGCUCUAUGCUCUACACACACUUGGCCCGUGAUGCCCGUGUAGUUAGCAGGGAGCGCGGCAUGAGAGGAGGAUGAAGAGAGGCAGACGGCCGCAUGCGAUUGGAUGUGCAAUGAGUCGCUGGGCGCCUGCUGCUACUGCUGCUGCUGCUGCUGCACUUCCCCGCUUCCCUGACAGCUGCAAAGGAGAGAAGGAGAAUUUUUAGCAAGUAAGGCAAUUUGGAGUGACAUGCACAGGAUCCCUCCCCCUGCACAGCCACUGAUUAACCAGGACUUGCAAUGGGCUCAGCGCAACAACCCUGACGAUCUGGAUUGGGGAACAGCACCGAAUAGAGGAUCUGCCGACAAAGGGAAUUGCCCGAGGGGUGUCUGUUCCAUCUUUUAGAAGUUUUACUCGGCUCUAGCAGUUCCCAGUUAAAUUUAUGUAUGGCUCAACUAAAGUUGCAGCCUCUGGCAUCGUCCUUUCUUCAUUUUGGACUGGUCACGUUUAUCCUUUUCCUUCAGAGUUUGCAUGUUGAUGCUGGUGCCAGCCACAAUCCCGAAAAUACAGUACAGAAUGACACUUGUUCAGGAUCAUAUGAGUGCAAGGAGGGUGUCAUUUUACCGAUAUGGUACCCAGAAAAUCCAUCUAUGGGGGAUAAAAUUGCCAGAGUCAUUGUGUACUUUGUGGCAAUGAUUUACAUGUUUCUUGGCGUCUCCAUUAUUGCAGACCGCUUUAUGGCCUCCAUUGAAGUUAUAACAUCACAGGAAAGAGAGAUUGUCAUAAAAAAGCCCAAUGGAGAGACUUCUACUACCACCAUUCGGGUAUGGAAUGAGACUGUCUCUAACUUGACCCUCAUGGCUCUUGGCUCAUCAGCACCUGAAAUCCUCUUGUCUUUGAUUGAGGUAUGUGGUCAUGGAUUUCUUGCAGGUGAUCUUGGCCCAUCUACUAUAGUUGGAAGUGCAGCUUUUAACAUGUUCAUUAUUAUGGCACUCUGUGUCUAUGUCAUACCCGAUGGAGAAGUUAGAAGAAUAAAGCACCUCAGAGUAUUUUUUGUCACGGCCGCAUGGAGCAUCUUUGCAUAUAUAUGGUUAUACAUGAUACUUGCCGUGUUCUCUCCAGGAGUAGUGCAAGUCUGGGAAGGUUUACUCACUUUAUUUUUUUUCCCAGUGUGCGUUGUUCUUGCAUGGGUGGCUGAUAAACGCCUUCUGUUCUACAAAUACAUGCACAAAAAGUAUCGUACUGAUAAACACAGGGCAAUAAUGAUUGAGACAGAGGCAGAUCAUCCAAAAGGGAUUGAAAUGGAUGGAAAAGUGAUGAAUUCUCAUUUUCUAGAUGGGAAUCUCUUGAAUAUGGAUGGUAAAGAAGUGGAUGAAUCACGAAGAGAUAUGAUUAGAAUCCUUAAGGAGUUAAAACAGAAGCAUCCUGAGAAGGACUUGGACCAGUUAGUAGAAAUGGCAAACUAUUAUGCUUUGUCUCAUCAGCAGAAAAGCAGAGCUUUUUACCGUAUACAAGCCACUAGAAUGAUGACAGGAGCAGGUAAUAUUUUGAAAAAACAUGCUGCUGAGCAGUCCAAGAGAAGUUCCAGCUUGCAAGAUAUCUGCAUAGAUGAGUCCGAGGAGUUUGUGUCGAAGAUUUAUUUUGAUCCCUGCUCCUAUCAGUGUCUUGAGAACUGUGGUGCUGUUCUUUUAACAGUGGUGAGGAAGGGCGGUGACAUUUCAAAAACUGUUUUUGUUGACUACAAGACAGAAGAUGGCUCAGCCAAUGCAGGUGCUGAUUAUGAGUUCACUGAGGGGACAUUAGUCUUCAAGUCAGGAGAAACCCAAAAGGAGUUUUCAGUUGGGAUUAUUGAUGAUGAUAUAUUUGAAGAAGAUGAGCAUUUCUUUAUAAGGCUUAGCAAUAUACGAAUAGGGGGGGCACCAGAGCCAGCAGAGAUCAAUAGCUUUAGUUAUCCAAAAGCUGUCCUUGUCUCACCCUAUGUUGCUUCAAUUACUAUCUUGGAUGAUGACCACGCUGGCAUAUUUACAUUCGAAUGUGACAUAAUACGUGUUAGUGAAAGCAUUGGUGUCAUGGAGGUUAAAGUUCUUAGGACAUCAGGUGCUAGAGGAACAGUCAUAGUGCCAUUUAGGACAGUUGAGGGGACAGCCAAAGGAGGUGGAGAAGAUUAUGAAGAUUCUUAUGGAGAACUGGAAUUCAAGAAUGAUGAAACUGUCCAAACUAUUCAGAUCAAAAUAUUUGAUGACGAGGAGUAUGAGAAAAACAAGACUUUCUUCAUUGAACUGAGGGAGCCCCACCUUGUGGACCUGAGUGUACAGAAAGCUCUGCUGUUGAAUCACGCAGCAGAUCUUGCAGAAAGGAAGUUGUCCGUGGAGGAGGAGGAAGCCAAACGAAUUGCUGAAAUGGGCAAACCAAUUUUGGGAGAGCACCCCAAGCUUGAAGUCGUCAUUGAAGAAUCAUAUGAGUUUAAGAGCACUGUGGACAAGUUGAUUAAGAAGACCAACCUAGCUUUGGUAGUAGGGACACAUUCAUGGAGGGAUCAGUUCAUGGAAGCUAUUACUGUCAGUGCGGCUGGAGAUGAAGAAGAUGAUGAUUCUGGAGAGGAAAGGCUGCCAUCUUGUUUUGACUACGUCAUGCAUUUCCUGACCGUGUUCUGGAAAGUGCUUUUUGCCUGUGUGCCUCCCACUGAAUAUUUAAAUGGAUGGGCUUGUUUUGUGGUGUCAAUUAUUAUCAUUGGCAUUCUCACUGCAAUCAUUGGAGACCUUGCCUCACAUUUUGGCUGCACCAUUGGUUUGAAAGACUCUGUAACCGCAGUGGUGUUUGUAGCUUUUGGCACAUCCGUGCCUGAUACAUUUGCAAGUAAAGUGGCUGCUACCCAGGAUGUGUAUGCAGAUGCUUCAAUUGGAAACGUGACUGGCAGUAACGCAGUUAAUGUGUUUCUGGGUAUUGGUCUGGCAUGGUCUGUGGCUGCCAUCUACUGGGCCUCACAAGGACAGGAGUUUCAUGUGUCUGCAGGCACCUUAGCAUUCUCCGUAACCCUCUUCACCAUUUUCGCAUUUGUCUGCAUCAGCGUCUUGCUGUACAGGAGGCGACCUCAUAUUGGUGGAGAACUGGGUGGCCCCAAGAGCUACAGACUUGCCACAACUUUGCUUUUUGUGACCCUGUGGUUACUUUACAUCUUGUUUGCUACACUGGAGGCAUAUUGUUAUAUUAAGGGGUUCUAAAGUGAGGCCAGAUUAAAACCAGCAACCUACGUGCUGCUCUCACUCUGCAUUAGACUCCCUACUCAAGAUAGUAGGAGCAGAAGGAAUACCAGCCAAUGAAAAACCAUCUUUGGAACUGCUGGCUGAUAACAACAACCUGAUCCAAAGGACAUUCAGACUGGUACUAUGGGUUGAAGUGCAUUAUAAGAGGUAGUGGUACUCAGAAAGCCAAGAACCCCUAUUAAAAUGUCAAGCGCUUUCUAGUCAGUACCACUAUAAGAUGCUAACAAACAGGUUAGGUGAUAUGGUUUGAAAUUCAUUCUUUUUAUUUAUUUAUUUUUUGAAUAAAAUAGCUAAUGUGCCACUCGGUAGCAAGUUACACGGCAGUUUAACCAUGAACUCAAUAAUCAGAUGGUUUAGAACCAGCAAUUAUGUUUCUGAUGUAUUUGUUUUGACUUUGUUUCCCCCGCUCUCUAAGGAGUUGCUUUACACCUUUCUUAUUUAUUCUCUAUUUAUGCUAUGUCAUUCAUAUAACAGCAUUUAAAGCUCAGAAGCACCUCCAUUUUGAAACUUACUGGGGAAUAGAUAAAUGGUUAUUUCCUGUUUCUUAUUUUUUUUUCUCAUGACAGAUCGAAGGGAACGGAAAUGGGGAAUGCCAAGGAAUAGAAUUAAAGCCUAUUUUAAUAUCUAGAACUAUUGUUUGAUACAGGCAACAUAAGGGUGAGAAAAGAGUAUUUAAAAACAAAUAGGAACAUUGUUAUGGAGUUGGCUGUGCUCACAAGUUUAUGCCUUUUAUAUGGCAUAUAUAAAACAAAAAAUGGUGAGUGUGUGUUAGGAUUCUUUUAACUCUCAAAACCGGUUUCCACCACGUACGGUAUCUUCACAAAUGGUUUGCCAAUGUCUGCUGUGGCAGAAGUUGAUGUUAGCAGACUUCUUGCCCACAUAUCACUUCUCCCUAUGCUUUGGGUGUUUAGCCCGUUACUGCAUUUUUAUUAACAAAUGUGACACAUUGAUGUAAAUCCCACAUUUUCAGCUUUGAUCUUGAUGGUUAUAUGUUUUGCUUUUCCAACACCUUAAUAAUUUGCUCCAUGUUUUUUUACCGUAUCCAAGCCCGUCAACAUGAAGUGGGACUGUUCAGGGAUUAAAAUAUCAUUUA